UAAAAUUUCAAAGAUAACUGACAAAUGUAUACAGUUGUUUGCCGGUUUUGUGUAUUAUUUGCGAAUGUUUAACAAUAAAACUCUAAUUACUGGACAAAUGUACAAGGAGGUGAUGACUAUAAUGAAAGUUUUAACAUGUUAAUAAAGUUGCCAAAACAUUUAAUUUAGAAAGCAAUUAAAAAUGGAUAAUAUUCACAAUUUUCAAGUAGAAUGUGAGAGUCAUGAUCAUUUACCACAGUCAGGUGAGGAAAUGGACAAACAGCGACACAAGACGCUUGCUUAUGAGUAUUUAUGUCAUCUUGAAGAAGCUAAAAAGUGGUUAGAAUCAUGUUUACGAGAAAAACUUCCACCAAGCACAGAAUUAGAGGAAAAUUUGCGAAAUGGAGUAUAUUUAGCUAAACUUGGCCAUUUCAUGGUUCCAGAGACUCUUCCAUUAAACAAAAUUUAUGACAUCGAACAAAAACGAUAUACAGUUGCUGGUUUACAAUUUCGACACACGGACAAUAUAAAUCAUUUCCUGAAAAGCUUGAAAUUAACACAACUACCUACAGCCUUCCAACCUGAAACAACAGAUAUUUACGACAAGAAAAAUAUGCCUAAAGUUAUAUAUUGCAUUCAUGCAUUAAGUUCACAUUUAUUUAAAUUGGGUAAAGCUCCUCAAAUUCAGGACUUGUAUGGAAAAGUAAACUUUACUGAGGAAGAAAUCAAUGCUGUUAGUAGAGAAUUGCAAAAAUAUAAUAUUCAAAUGCCACCGUUUCAAAAAAUUGGUGGCCUUUUGACUAAUGAUAUGGGAGAAGACACCGCUGCAUUACACGCUGCAAUAAUUGCUAUCAAUCAAUCUCUCUCCAAUCAGGAUCAUAAUGCAAUGUUAACCCAGAUGCAAAAUAAAACUGCUCGUUUAAACAAUAUUAAGGCUGAAAAUAUAAACUGUUAUUAUGAAACUUUAAUAAAAGCAAAGGAGACGAAAGUAGAAGCUGCAAUUAAUAGGUCAUUUAAUGAAAGUUAUGAACCUGAUGUAUAUGACGAACUUCUUACUCAAGUUGAAAUUCAGGGGCAUAUUAAUCACGUCAAUGUUCAAUCUGCUCUACGUAACGUAAAAGAGUCUCUAUGUUAUGGCAAGAAAUAUUUACUAUCUGCCUUAAAUGAUCCAGCACUUCAAAUUAUGAAUAUUUAUGACGAUAAUGUUGAUAUUUAUAAGAAAAAAGUUGCCAAAUUGGUGGAAAAUUCAAAUUGGGAAGACAAUUAUCAAUAUUUCCAAAAACUCCUACAGGAAGCCGUAAACGAAGCAAAUACAGUUUCGUUACAAGAGAUUAAGAAAGCAUUUGCUUUAAAUGAAAUAAAUAAAGCUUUACAUGAGAAUGACUUCGAACAAUUUUGUGAAGCUGUAUUAAAUUCUACUCUGGGUUUGUCCAAUAAUGUUGAAGAAUUUGCUUUGCCUUUAUAUUUUGAAGAAAUGAAAAUAGAUUGUGUUGAGUCACAGAGAAGUGUAUCUUAUACAGAUAUCGUAGUCAGCAUUCGAGUUUUGUCAACCAUUGCAGCCAUAACAAAGGCUAUAGAAACAGGAAGUCCAAUACUAACUUAUCAAGCUUUAUCUUGUCCUGAAGCACACGUUAUGGAUUUAGAUGAAGAUAAUAAAGUCAAAUAUUUUCAAGCAUUGACGGCGGUUUGUUAUGAAAAACAGAUUUCAGAUGAAAGAUGUCGACUAUUAACAUAUAAUGACAUACAAGAGAGUGUUGACCUCGUAAAUCAACAAUGCUCAAAUGACAAUGAAGUUUUGCAGGCAUUAAGUCAUUUAAAUGCAGCUGUAAAAAAUAACAAUCGAGAUGAAAUGAUGUCAAUUUUACAAAGCUCAUUAUUAACAUUAAAAAAACCUGUAUCAUUUUCUGAUACAUCGCUUUAUUUAAAAUUAUUUAAAAAAUGUCUUGAAGAGAAACAUUCAGAUGGUUCCGAAUUGUGGUUAGAAGAUAUUGAACAAGUGACCAAUACAGUGGCUAUUGAAGCAAAAAAUGUUCAAUCAGCAUGUGCCUUAUUAACACAAUUCAAUAAAGGAUUAGAGAGCAACAUUUCUUUUACAACAAAUUGGCUGAAAAUGAUUGGUUUACAAAUUAUAGAGGGAAAUGAUGAAAAAUAUAAUGUAGCUUUUGCAAAGCUUUUUAAAGAAAAGAAAAAAAAGAAUGCCUGUCCUUACGUUCGUUAUAUUACUCCUGAAGGAAAUGAAUCAUUUCUAGACUUGGAAAAUUUGAGUUAUACUUGGGAUUAUCCGUUAAAUGAAGCAGAAUCAUUCUACUUCACAUAUGAAGAUAUUCGGCAUUUAGUAAAAGAGGUGAAUAGUGAUUUACUGGAUGAUUUAUCAUAUAAUAACUUGGAUUUAACAAUUAUUCUACUUCAAGCUCGUAUUCGAGGAUAUUUACUUCGUAAAAGUAUUUCUGACAGAUUUACACAUUUUUACGACAAUAUAGAUAAAGUGAAAAAAAUUCAAAUUUGGUGGCGAGCUAUUUUAGCACGCAAAUACAAUGAAAAUUAUCUUGACACAAAAGUUAAAUACGAUAGAGAGGAAGAAAUAUCGACAUUAAAGUACUUCAAAAAAUAUGAAGAUAAAGUAGUUAAAAUUCAAGCUUUGUGGCGCGGAACUGUAGCUAGAAAAGCAUUUCAAUCACUUUUGCAUUUAGAUAAACCACCAUUUACAGUAGUUAAACGAUUUUCUGCAAUUCUAAAUUUUAAUUCUGAAGAUUACGAUAAAGAUCUUCAGUUGCAACAAUUAAAAAAUGAUGUUGUACAAUUAAUCCGACAUAACCAAAAUUUAUCCCAAUUGUUGGAUAGUAUGGAUAUAAAAAUUGGACUUUUAAUUCAAAAUAGGAUAACUCUCAAGGAUGUCGUAGCUCAUGGAAAAAAUUUAGAAUCUUUAGCGAAAACAAAACAUGUAAAAAGGCCACGUAAAGAUUCUUUUUCUGAAUCAACAAUUUCCAAAGGACUGAGAUCUCUUACUAAAGAAGGACGUAGAAUGCUUGAAGGAUAUCAACAUUUAUUUUAUGCAUUACAGACAAAUCCUACUUAUUUAUCUAAAUUACUAUUUUUAUUACCACAAAGUAAAUCAAACAAAUUUUUGCAAAAUGUUAUUUUAACUCUCUUUAAUUUUGGUUCAAAUAUUAGGGAAGAGUAUUUGCUACUAAAACUUUUAGGAACUGCUCUUCGAGAAGAAAUAAGAUGUAAAUUUGAAAGGCCUUCUGAAGUGGUAACAGGAAAUCCUCUUGUUUUAAAAAUGGCUGUCAAUUAUGCAAGGCAAAUUAACGGCCAAAGAGCUUUGCGUCAAAUUCUUGGUCCAUGUAUUGAGAAAAUUCUCUCGGAUAAAACUAUUAAUAUUGAAACUAAUCCUGUUGAUAUUUACAAAUGUUGGCGUAAUCAACUGGAAAUGGAAACAGGAGAGACUUUAGACCUUCCUUAUACAGUUACUCAUCAACAAGCUUUACAAUAUGACGAAGUCCGAAAAAGAUUGAACAAUGGAUUAAAAUUACUACAAAUUACAGUACAAGAACUUUUAUCACGAAUAAUUGCGUCAAAAAAUUUAAUUCCCUAUGGAAUGUUAUAUAUGUCCAAAGUUUUAAAUGAAACAUUAACUGAAAAAUUUCCAAAUGCAUUAGAAAAAGAUAUGUUAAAAGUUAUUGGAAAUCUUAUUUACUAUCACUAUAUUAAUGCAGCGAUAGUUGCACCUGAUGCUUUUGAAAUAAUAUCAUUGCCUAUCGACAAAUCUUUGUCAAAUGAUCAAAGACGAAAUCUUGCAAGUAUUGCAAAAAUUUUGCAGUUUGCAGCAUCCAAAAAAGGAUUCGGUGAUGAAGCAACACACUUAGUUUGUUUAAAUCCAUUUAUAAUAGAAUGCCAUGAAAAAUUUAAGAAAUUCUUUCGACUUUGUUGUGAAAUAGAAGAUUUGGAAGAUCAUUUUAAAAUUCAUGAAUACACCGAAGCUACUUUAAUUGAAAAGCCUGAAAUAUAUAUCUCGUUGCAGGAAAUAUGUGAUACACAUGAUCUUGUGUCAAAAUAUCAAGAACAAAUUGCUCCAAAUCCAUUAGAUCCUCUACAUGAACUUUUAGAAGAUUUGGGUUCAACGCCAACUGUUGCAUCAUUAUUGGGAUUAGAUCCUUCAACUGACGAAAAAGUUUUAUUUCGACAUGGAAAAGCUGAAGUUUGCUUGACGCUUACGAAUAAAUUUGAAAUUCCGGAGAAUGAGGAUUUAAAUUUAAAUAAACUUUUUAUUAAAACUAAGGAGCUUUUAGUUUCUUGUAUGCGGUUUUUACAGGGUAAUACAUUAUCUGAAGCACUGGAGUCUACUUUAUUACCCGCCCAAGAAAAAUUAACUGAUGAUCAUCAUUUAUCAAUAAUUUCUAAUUUGAAUGCAGUUCACAAUAGCCUCUCUCUAAACGAUUGCAAAAUCCAACUGCGUUCUUAUCUCAAUAAACUUGAACUUGAUGGUUUGGUAACACAAAAAGAUGGUUAUCAAAAUAUAGUGACAGCAGUUGCUAAAGACUUGUGCAAUAAGGGAAAGUAUCGACUUUUCCGAAACAAAGAAUUGCAAACUCUACAGGAAACAAAACACCAGCUUGAGGAAAAAUAUAACUACUAUAAAGAACAAGUAGAAUACUACAAUCAAUAUAUUCAACGGUGUCUUGAAAACCUUCACACUGGAAAAGGUUCUCUACAUGCCAUGAAAUUAAAUGAGAAGAAUAAUCAUGGAAAAUUGAAAUCAAGAACAACAUUGAAAUACACUGGCGCUAAAUUACAGGAAAAAGGCGUACUUCUGGAAAUAGAAGGUCUUCCUCAUAGUCAGUUUAAAAAUGUCAGUUUUGAAAUUACACCCAUUGAAAACAAUGGAGUUUUUACUGUAAAAGGCAAAUUUAUGGGAGUUGAAAUAGAAAAAAUUGAUAUUAAUAUUCAAAAGCUUUUAGAACUUCAAUUCGAAGGUUAUCCGGUUAUGGAUAUGUUUGGAAGAGCAAAAAUUAAUGUUAAUUUAUUGCUAUUUUUGUUAAAUCGAAAGUUUUAUGGUAAAAAUUAAUAUUUUUGUGUCAUCUUCAUACAUGUUUAAUAUAUUUUUAUUUUUAUUAUUGAUAUUGUAAAGUGGUGUGUCAUCACUUUUAGGUAAUAAAAUUGUAAAUUCAUAAAUGUGCUAAAGUUUAAGUUAAUAAAGUCAUGCACGCUUUUAUUUUCA